UCCGUGUGAGAGACAGUCUGUCCCAGUGUCGGCCUGUGAGUGCCUACGGGUGCGUCAAGGUGGAAGUUCCCUGUAGAUCAACAGGGUGAACUUCCCUACAGGCAGCGUGAGGACAGCCUGUGCCCCAGAAGCAGGAUGAGAAGAUGGCAGACUUCCUGUUACCUCGGGGCACCAGCAGCUUCCGCAGGUUCACCCGGGAGUCUCUGGCGGCCAUCGAGAAGCGCAUGGCGGAGAAGCAGGCCCGGAGCUCCGCCGCCUCGCAGGAGAGCCGCGACGGGCCGCCCGAGGAGGAGGCUCCCCGGCCCCAGCUGGACCUGCAGGCCUCCAAAAAGCUGCCGGAUCUCUACGGCAACCCACCCCGAGAACUCAUCGGGGAGCCCCUGGAGGACCUGGACCCCUUCUAUAGCACUCAAAAGACCUUCAUCGUCCUGAACAAAGGCAAGACCAUCUUCCGGUUCAGUGCCACCAACGCCUUGUAUGUCCUCAGCCCCUUCCACCCCAUCCGGAGAGCGGCUGUGAAGAUCUUGGUUCAUUCGCUCUUCAGCAUGCUCAUCAUGUGUACCAUCCUGACCAACUGCGUGUUCAUGGCCCAGCACGACCCUCCACCCUGGACCAAAUAUGUCGAGUACACCUUCACUGCCAUCUACACCUUCGAGUCUCUGGUCAAGAUUCUGGCUCGAGGCUUCUGCCUGCACGCGUUCACCUUCCUUCGGGACCCGUGGAACUGGCUGGACUUCAGUGUGAUCAUCAUGGCGUAUGUAUCAGAAAAUAUAAAACUAGGCAAUUUGUCGGCUCUUCGAACUUUCAGAGUCCUGAGAGCUCUAAAAACUAUUUCAGUUAUCCCAGGCCUGAAGACCAUCGUGGGGGCCCUGAUCCAGUCUGUGAAGAAGCUGGCCGACGUGAUGGUCCUCACGGUCUUCUGCCUCAGCGUCUUUGCCCUCAUCGGCCUGCAGCUCUUCAUGGGCAACCUGAGGCACAAGUGCGUUCGCAACUUCACAAUGCUCAACGGCACCAACAGCACCAAUGGCUCCGUGGAGGCCGGCGGCCUGAUCUGGGAAUCGCUGGACCUCUACCUCAACAACCCAGAAAAUUACCUACUCAAGAAUGGCACCUCUGACGUGUUACUCUGUGGGAACAGCUCCGACGCUGGGACAUGUCCCGAGGGCUACAGGUGCCUGAAGGCAGGCGAGAACCCUGACCACGGCUACACCAGCUUCGACUCCUUCGCCUGGGCCUUCCUCGCCCUCUUCCGACUGAUGACGCAAGACUGCUGGGAGCGCCUCUACCAGCAGACCCUGAGGUCUGCAGGGAAGAUCUACAUGAUCUUCUUCAUGCUGGUCAUCUUCCUGGGCUCCUUCUACUUGGUGAACUUGAUCCUGGCUGUGGUCGCCAUGGCCUACGAGGAGCAAAACCAAGCCACCAUCGCGGAGACAGAGGAGAAGGAAAAGCGAUUCCAGGAAGCCAUGGAGUUGCUCAAGAAAGAGCAGGAGAAUCGUUUCAGCAUCACCCACGGCCUCAGCAGGACCUCCAUGAAGCCGCGCUCCAGCCAUGGGAGCAUUUUCACCUUCCGCCGACGGGACCUGGGCUCCGAGACAGAUUUUGCAGACGAUGAAAACAGCACCGCCGGGGACAGCGAGAGCCACCGCACAUCGCUGCUGGUGCCUUGGCCCCUGCGGCGGCCUAGCACCCAGGGACAGCCCAGUCCUGGAACCUCAACUCCCGGCCACGUGCUCAACGGCAAGAGGAACAGCACUGUGGACUGUAACGGAGUGGUCUCCUUGCUGGGGGCAGGUGACCCCGAGGCCACCUCCCCGGGGAGUCACCUCCUCCACCCUAUGAAGCUGGAGCGCCCCCUGGAUACGACUACGCCAUCGGAGGAGCCAGGCAGGCCCCAGACGCUGACGCCCCAGGCUCCAUGUGUCGACGGCUUUGAGGAGCCAGGAGAGCGGCAGCGAGCCCUCAGCGCAGUGAGCGUCCUCACCAGUGCCCUGGAAGAGUUGGAGGAGUCUCAGCGCAAGUGUCCACCGUGCUGGAUCCGUUUCGCCCAGCACUACCUGAUCUGGGAGUGCUGCCCGCUGUGGAUGUCCAUUAAGCAGAAAGUGAAGUUCAUGGUCAUGGACCCAUUUGCUGACCUCGCCAUCACCAUGUGCAUCGUGCUUAACACACUCUUCAUGGCCCUGGAGCACUACAACAUGACGACCGAAUUUGAGGAGAUGCUGCAGGUCGGAAACCUGGUCUUCACAGGGAUCUUCACAGCAGAGAUGACCUUCAAGAUCAUCGCCUUGGACCCCUACUACUACUUCCAGCAGGGCUGGAACAUCUUCGACAGCAUCAUCGUCAUCCUCAGCCUCAUGGAGCUGGGCCUGUCCCGCAUGGGCAACCUGUCGGUGCUUCGCUCCUUCCGCCUGCUUCGGGUCUUCAAGCUGGCCAAAUCCUGGCCCACCCUGAACACACUCAUCAAGAUCAUUGGGAACUCGGUGGGCGCGCUGGGCAACCUGACGCUGGUGCUGGCCAUCAUCGUGUUCAUCUUCGCUGUGGUGGGCAUGCAGCUCUUCGGCAAGAACUACUCAGAGCUGAGGCACCACAUCAGUGACUCAGGCCUUCUGCCCCGCUGGCACAUGAUGGACUUCUUCCAUGCCUUCCUCAUCAUCUUCCGCAUCCUCUGUGGAGAGUGGAUCGAGACCAUGUGGGACUGCAUGGAGGUGUCCGGGCAGUCACUAUGCUUGCUGGUCUUCCUGCUUGUUAUGGUCAUUGGUAACCUUGUGGUCCUGAACCUCUUCCUGGCUCUACUGCUCAGCUCCUUCAGCGCGGACAACCUCACAGCCCCCGACGAGGAUGGGGAGAUGAACAACCUCCAGCUGGCCCUGGCCCGCAUCCAGCGGGGCCUGCGCUUCAUCAAGCGGACCACCUGGGACUUCUGCUGUGGGCUCUUGCAGCGGCCGCCUCAGAAGCCCGCGGCCCUCGCCUCCCAGGGCCAGCUGCCAGGCUGUAUCGCCACCUCCAGCCCCCCGCCCCCACCAGAGGCCGAGAAGGCGCCCCCAGCCCGCAAGGAGACGCGGUUUGAGGAAGGCCAGCGGCCAGGUCAGGGCGCAUCCGGGGAUGCCGAGCCCGUGUGUGUGCCCAUCGCCAUGGCCGAGUCAGACACGGAGGACCCCGAGGAGGAUGAGAACAGCCUGAGCACAGAGGAAGAGUCCAGCAAGCAGCUGCCUGAAGACAGUUACUCUGAGGGGAGCACAGCAGAUAUGACCAACACCGCUGACCUCCUGGAGCAGAUCCCUGACCUCGGAGAGGACGUCAAAGACCCGGAGGACUGCUUCACUGAAGGCUGUGUCCGACGCUGUCCCUGCUGUACCGUGGACACCACACAGGCCCCCGGGAAGGUCUGGUGGAGGCUGCGCAAGACCUGCUACCGCAUCGUGGAGCACAGCUGGUUCGAGACGUUCAUCAUCUUCAUGAUCCUGCUCAGCAGUGGCGCGCUGGCCUUUGAGGAUAUCUACCUGGAGGAGCGGAAGACCAUCAAGGUCUUGCUGGAGUACGCCGACAAGAUGUUCACCUACGUCUUCGUGCUGGAGAUGCUGCUCAAGUGGGUGGCCUACGGCUUCAAGAAGUACUUCACCAACGCCUGGUGCUGGCUUGAUUUCCUCAUCGUGGACGUCUCGCUGAUCAGCCUGGUGGCCAACGCCCUGGGCUUUGCUGAGAUGGGCCCCAUCAAGUCACUGCGGACCUUGCGUGCGCUCCGACCACUGCGAGCCCUGUCACGAUUUGAGGGCAUGAGGGUUGUGGUCAACGCCCUGGUGGGCGCCAUCCCAUCCAUCAUGAACGUCCUUCUCGUCUGCCUCAUCUUCUGGCUCAUCUUCAGCAUCAUGGGCGUGAACCUCUUCGCGGGGAAGUUUGGGAGGUGCAUCAACCAGACCGAGGGAGACAUGCCCUUGAACUAUACCAUCGUGAACAACAAGAGCGACUGUGAGUCUUUCAACGUGACUGGCGAAUUGUACUGGACCAAGGUGAAAGUCAACUUUGACAACGUGGGGGCCGGGUACCUGGCCCUUCUGCAGGUGGCAACAUUUAAAGGCUGGAUGGACAUCAUGUAUGCAGCUGUAGACUCCAGGGGGUACGAGGAGCAGCCCCAGUGGGAAUACAACCUCUACAUGUAUAUCUAUUUUGUCAUCUUCAUCAUCUUUGGGUCUUUCUUCACCCUGAACCUGUUCAUCGGUGUCAUCAUCGACAACUUCAACCAACAGAAGAAAAAGUUAGGGGGCCAGGACAUCUUCAUGACAGAGGAGCAGAAGAAGUACUACAAUGCCAUGAAGAAGUUGGGCUCCAAGAAGCCCCAGAAGCCCAUCCCACGGCCCCUGAACAAGUACCAGGGCUUCAUAUUCGACAUUGUGACCAAGCAGGCCUUCGACGUCACCAUCAUGUUUCUCAUCUGCUUAAACAUGGUGACCAUGAUGGUGGAGACAGACGACCAGAGCCCUGAGAAGGUCAACAUCUUGGCCAAGAUCAACCUGCUGUUCGUAGGCAUCUUCACAGCCGAGUGUAUCUUCAAGAUGGUUGCCCUGCGCCACUAUUAUUUCACCAACAGCUGGAACAUCUUUGACUUCGUGGUCGUCAUCCUCUCCAUCGUGGGCACUGUGCUCUCAGACAUCAUCCAGAAGUACUUCUUCUCCCCGACGCUUUUCCGCGUCAUCCGCCUGGCCCGCAUCGGCCGCAUCCUCAGGCUGAUCCGUGGGGCCAAGGGCAUCCGCACACUGCUCUUCGCCCUCAUGAUGUCCCUGCCCGCCCUCUUCAACAUCGGGCUGCUGCUCUUCCUUGUCAUGUUCAUCUACUCCAUCUUCGGCAUGGCCAACUUCGCCUAUGUCAAGUGGGAGGCCGGCAUCGAUGACAUGUUCAACUUCCAGACCUUCGCCAACAGCAUGCUGUGCCUCUUCCAGAUCACCACGUCGGCGGGCUGGGACGGGCUCCUCAGCCCCAUCCUCAACACGGGGCCCCCCUACUGCGACCCCAACCUGCCCAACAGCAACGGCUCCCGGGGCAACUGCGGGAGCCCCGCAGUGGGCAUCCUCUUCUUCACCACCUACAUCAUCAUCUCCUUCCUCAUCGUGGUCAACAUGUACAUCGCCAUCAUCCUGGAGAACUUCAGUGUGGCCACGGAGGAGAGCACGGAGCCCUUGAGUGAGGACGACUUUGACAUGUUCUAUGAGAUCUGGGAGAAGUUCGACCCGGAGGCCACCCAGUUCAUCGAGUAUUCGGCCCUGUCCGACUUCGCCGACGCCCUGUCGGAGCCGCUCCGGAUCCCCAAGCCCAACCAGAUAAGCCUCAUCAAUAUGGACCUGCCCAUGGUGAGCGGGGACCGCAUCCACUGCAUGGACAUCCUCUUUGCCUUCACCAAGAGGGUCCUGGGCGAAUCUGGGGAGAUGGAUGCCCUGAAGAUCCAGAUGGAGGAGAAGUUCAUGGCGGCCAACCCGUCCAAGAUCUCCUACGAGCCCAUCACCACCACGCUGCGGCGGAAGCACGAGGAGGUGUCGGCCACGAUCAUCCAGCGGGCCUUCCGCCGGCACCUGCUUCAGCGCUCGGUCAAGCACGCCUCCUUCCUCUACCGCCGGCAGGCGGGCAGCAGCGGCCUCUCGGACGAGGACGCCCCGGAGCAGGAGGGCCUCAUCGCCUACAUGAUGAACGAGAACUUCUCCCGCCGCCUCGGCCCGCCCUGCAGCUCCUCCGUCUCCUCCACGUCCUUCCCGCCCUCCUACGACAGCGUCACCAGGGCCACCAGCGACAACCCCCAGGUGCGGGCGUCUGACUACAGCCCAAGCGAGGAUCUCGCAGACUUCCCCCCAACCCCCGACAGGGACCGCGAGUCAGUCGUGUGAGCGCAGCCCAGGGAGGGGGGCGCCAGCGCAGAGCAUCGUGGCAAACCCAAGGGCAGCCGCUGGGCCGUCCGACCUUUGCUUUGGGCUUCGGGAGUGAGAGAGGAGCCUGGCCCUGUGGACCGACCAGGCAGUCCUGUGCACCGCGCCGAUGGCUGGAAGCACUUGGCCGAGCUGUCCGUCUGGGGUUACCAGUCCUGGGGGGCCGGGUCUGGUCGGGCAGCGCCCUGGGGCUCUGACCACCACCUCCGUCCCAGCUGCUGAGACAAAACGCGAAACCAAGACUAUGUUGUGAAUGGGCUUUCAUACAUUUAUUAUAUUUGAUAUUUUUUUACUUGAGCAAAGAACUUUUUUUUUUUCAUGGAUGGAUCAGCAGCGAUUCACACUGCCUCUUCCUAACUCUGAACAAGAGUGUCUGUGGAGUUGCUGGGGCCCUGCUGUCAAUGCAAAAGUGAGAUCCAGUGUGGGUCCCACGGGCCUUCACUGCCUAGGGGCGGGCAGAAAGGGGGUCCCCCGCCGCUUGGGCUGAGGUGCCAGGCGGGCUGAACCCUUUCCCAUACAGACGUGCGCGCACUUUCACACUCACAGAGUGUGAGACUCCUGGACUCCCCGAGGUGAGCGGCCCCCCACAGGUGGGAUUCUUGUCAGCCAGGGCUCACUCACUGCCCCAUUUCCCCCUGUAUGUUUAUGCAGGCCACCCUGGAGUCAGGCCUAUAAAUACAACAAGCUUCCGGAAGAGAGUGGCCGGCUCCCAGGGCUUGUCCUCGGCACUGACGCUGCCUUUCUUCCCUGUAGAGCUCGGCCUCUGUUAGAGUAUCAACAUCAAGGGAAGGGCCUGAGGGAGGCCAUACGUCCUGCCACCCGGCUUGUCCAUGCUGCGCAGCCUGGCUGGCCCUGCCCCAGCAAGAGGAGGCUGAGCCCGUGGGGUUGGGGUGAAGGACCCGCUCCACAGCCCCCAGCACGGUGCCCACCAGCCCGCGUGGAGAAUGGAAUCUGCUGUCAUCACCCAGGCUCGCUCUCCAGACCUUUCUGCCUCUGCCCAGGGCUGAGGGGGUGCCCGUGUGGACCCCAGCUUCAGCAGCACAGGAGUGGGGAGGGCUACCCAGGCCGCGUGCACGGAAGGGGCUGCAGGACGCUCAGGAGGGGAAUGGACCCCAGGUCUCCUGGGAAAGGGAGUCGAGUGACCCUGGACCAGCGCCCCUCCCCCCGGCCCCGUUCAGCCCGGGGUCCCGGUGGCACCGCACUCGGGACCUCCUGGGGCAGGGUCCAGGCUGCCCACGGGUCUUGUGAGCAGGCCUUUUCAGGGAAAAAUACUUUUUCUAG